GACAGCAGUGACAGUUUGAUGAAGAGGAUGAUAUCUGCCCAGAAUGAUGGCAAUGGUAAGCAGAAGAAAACUAGACCAUCACCUUCGGGCCUCAAAAUGAUCGCAUUCAACCAGCAUCAGCAGCUGGAGAAGGAAGAAAUCAGGAGCAUCCAGGGGAGCCGUGGUUUGGACGUGGCGGUGCUGGAAGGCGGUGACAGUUUGAAGAAGAGGAAGAGAUCUGCCCAGAAUGAUGGCGAUGGUAAACAGAAGGAAAGUUCUGCAUUCAAGCAGCAGCAGGUGGAGAGGCAGCACCUGCUGAGGAAAGAAAAUAGGCGCAUCAAGGAGAGAUGUAAGAGGAAGAAGAGGAAGAGAUCUGUCCAGAAUGAUGGCGAUGGUAAACAGAAGGAAAGUUCUGCAUCCAAGCAGCAGCAAGUGGAGAGGCAGCAACUGCUGAGGGAAGAAAAUAGGCGCAUCAGGAAGAGACGUGGGUUUGAUUUUGGGGACAUUCCUCCCAUUGGUCCUAUCGGCGAUAGAUUAUAUGAACCAUGUUGGGUUGAAAAGUCUCUCUAUCCUGCUUCGAAGGUUUAUGAGGAUAUGGCAAAGAUUGGUCUUAAGUCUUACAACCGGGAAUAUGACACAUCGUACCAGUUCACCAAAAUCCUCAGGGUAUAUUUCUUCAAGACAAGGGAUAAUUGUAUUGAUAACCUAAUCUUUUUCCAGGCUGAGGAUAAGUCGGUUGCUUCUCCCGAGGAUUUCCUACUGAUAGUGGCUUCUGUUCCUGGUGUCACUGUGGUCUCCUCUUGCAUGAAGGAGAAGGACAUCCGUUAUUAUACUGCACUGGACGGCUGGAGAUCCUGCGAUGUAUGUGAAUAUUAUGUUCUUGGAGAUCAUACUUAAAAGGGGCAUGCUUUUAAGUUUUUGCUUUAAGGUUUGAAACGUAUGUUGAACGGUGCAUGUUGGGACUGGGUUUGUUGUGUUGACUAUAUUAUGUUAAAUGAUUAUGCUUCUGAAAUACAACUUUCACCA